CUGAGCAAGAGUGGUAGGUAUAGCUACUUCAGAGUAUAAAUAACAGUCAUAAAACUAAUAAGUUGAUUUUCCACUCUAAGUUUCUCACAAAUUAUUUCUGAGUUUCUAUUUACUUUUCUUUUAAUUGGUGUUUAUACAUAACACAAUAAUAUGAUAAUUUUAAAACCCCUUUUUCCUUAUAUCUAUUUUCUUUUUUUAUUGAGUGUGAUAUAUAAUUUCGGUGAUGCUGCUGAAGACUUACAAAGCCAAUCAAAAGAUUGUACCUUGUCAGCGAAAAAAAGCGACUUCAAGUUCAUGCCUAUUCCAUUUAUACCAAGUGGAUCAACUUAUCAAAUUUUAUACCCAAAUGAUAAAGGUUUUAUAAAUGUCCAACAAGAUCAGAAGUUCAAACUAACUUGCGUGGGUAAUAAUACGUUUGAUAUUGUCGCUCCUAGUGAUUCAGAAAUCACAGUGGCUUGUGUAAGUGGAAAUGAACUUAGUUACCGUGGUCAGAAUUAUGAGUAUGACUCUUUCAAAUGCGAGAAUAUACCUAAGUCUGAUUUGAAAUUAACUGAUGAAAAAUGUCAAACCAAUCAUUCAAUAGUGACGAUCGGAUUUGCCACUAAAUUAAGACGAUUAAAUAUGUUGAAGAUUUGUUUUGAUAUGGAAACAAAAAAUAGUUUAUUUGCGUCGUAUGUGACACGUUCGCCAUAUAGUAUUUAUAAUUUUCAUGUUAAAAAUAGGCCUCCAUUUGCUAACUCACAAAUUCUUUACGGAAAAGUGGAUUUAAAUAAAAUUUACAGUAUUUCAGAACAGAAAAAUACUAUUACUAAAAUUUUGGGAUCUCAAAGUCAAAUGACCAAAUACUUAGGCGAUAAUCAACACGUAUUGUCACGAGGACACUUUGCGCCAAAAGCGGACUUUAUCUAUUACACUGAACAAUAUGCUACAUUUUAUUUUGCUAAUGUGGCACCUCAAUGGCAGGUAUUCAAUGGAGCACUAUGGUCAAAUCUUGAAAAGAAAACAAGGGAAAAGUUGUCUCAUGAUAGCUCUAAAUAUGUGAUAAUUACAGGAACAUAUGGAGUUUGCACUUUAGAAGACAUAAAUGGAGUCCAGAAGCCCAUUCAUUUGCUACCACCUAAUAAGAUAACAGUACCUUUGUAUUAUUGGAAGUUGGUGCACAACCUUGAUACAGAAAGUGGUACUGUAUAUAUUGGGCUCAAUAAUCCGUACCAGAACAUCACUGAUGAUUUGUAUAUUUGUCCAAAUACUUGUGUCGAAGGUUUGAAUAAAAGUAACGAUGACAACAAUGGACUAAUGUUUUGUUGUACUCAAGAAAAUUUCGAAAAAAUUUAUGGAAAAAUAGAUACAUCUUUUUAUACUGUAUAAAUGUAAAAAAGUUAAUUCUCAGUAAAAUAAAAUUCACUAACAUCAA